UGAGCCACACUAUCAUCGGCUGCGUGUGCCUGUUGCUUCCAGUGCAGGCUUGCCUGCCGCUGAAGCGAGCAGCACCUGUGGCCCAUCAACCAAUCACCCCUGGAGUCCCUGGUAAUUGCUUUUGCAACCCACACCUUAAAGUUAGCACAGGUGGCUUGGGUGAGCCUGGAAACGAGGAGGAGCUGCUGCGGAGCAGGAGGAGACGCCUGAAACUCCGCGUUCGCAGCGGCAGGACGAAGUGAAAACCCCCCGGGGCUGCAGGAGCCGAGGCCACAAGCCAUGGGUACCAAGCAGACCAAGGGCUGCCAGCCGGGCAGCACCGGGGAGAGCCCCCAGGCCCACCACCGCAAGAAAGUACCCCCCCGGGAAAGGGGAGACUUCCUUGCCUCCCUCGUGGUGAAGUCCGGCGAGAAGUUUGGGAAGGGUGGUGGCAGCACCUUGCCCCCUUACCACCGGCGGAUCUGCAUGAUUCAGGACAUGCUGGUGCUGGUGAAGCAGGGGAAGCAGGAGGAGGCCACCGAGCUGCUGAAGCACCUGCGGCAGGACCUAGGAAUGGAGUCGACCUCUCUGGACGAUGUGCUCUAUCGCUACGCCAGCUUUCGAAACCUGGUGGAUCCAAUCACUCACGACCUGAUCAUCAGCCUGGCGAGGUACAUCCACUGCCCCAAGCCGGAAGGAGACUCCCUGGGGGCCAUGGAGAAGCUUUGCCGGCAGCUCACCUACCACCUCAGCCCCCACUCGCAGUGGAGACGCCAGGGCAUCAUGAAGAGGAAGCCACAGUCCUGCUUGAAAGCUGUCCUGAUGGGGAAGCCUCAGGACAACACCGUGGACUUGUCGGGCAUCCCGCUGACGCUGAAGGACUUGGACCGCGUCACCGCCUACCUGCAGCACAGCUCGGAGCACAUCGACACGGUGGAGCUGUGCUUCACGGAGCUGACCGACGAGAUGCUGCUGCAGCUGCUGCCGGCGCUCUGCGGCCUGCCGCACCUCACCACCCUCUCCCUCAACGGCAACCGGCUCACCAAAGCCAUCCUGCGGGACCUCACCGAAACCCUGAAGGACCCCAAGAAGUUCCCCAGCGUCACCUGGAUUGACCUUGGCAACAACGUGGACAUCUUCUCCUUGCCGCAACCCUUCUUGGUCAGCCUAAAGAGGCGGUGCCCGAAGCAAGGCAAUUUGCCAACCAUCCUGGAGUUCGGCGAGGGUCAGGUCAGCGAUUUGGAGAGCCAAGAUGGCCUGGCUGAGAGCCAGGAGGACCUGCGAACUGGACCAGGAGAGGGUGACAACACAGGCUUGCAGCAGACAGACAGAACAGACAAGGCUGGGGAGCUGCCCAGCUCCGAGCGAGGUGCGAGGGUGCCACAGACAUGAUGUCUGGCUCCGUGGCUCUUGGGUGGGUGCUUCGAAUGAGGAUGACUUAUAAUGAAGACCUCACCACUGGAGGUCCUGGCAGAGGGUCAAUUCACAGGGUGGGAUGCUUUGGGAGCCCAGACUGCUGCCUUCCUCCCAUGCAGUGAAUGUCAGCUUUCUUCUUUUCAAAGAACAUCGAGGUGGUCGCAUCCAACACUGGUGUUUCAUAAAAGCUGGGCAGGUGUUUUCACCAUUAGUGCUGUGCUUUAUAACCUCUCAGAAGUGGUGGUGUAAUGGAGAUGCUUAGAAGAGCACAAAAGAGAAGAAAGGUGCCCAGGCUCUGCAGGAAAAAGAUUCCUUUCCUUACCUCUGGAUCUAGCCAGACCCUGGCUGCUGCCUCUCGCCGGGUAGACAGACAGUGAUCACCCCAAAGAGGACUGCACACCUCAAAUCCUUUCCUGUGCUGACUUCAGGAGUUGCUGAUGAGUAGCAGACCUGCAGAGACACAACAGCAGUCUGAGCACACACUGGCCAGGGGUGUCUCUUGAGAUACUGCGAGCCAGCCCAGAGGAAAGCUUUGCUUUCCUGGUGUGAAGCUAAAUCCCAGCCCGCAGCGUGCCUGGAUGCAGCUCUCACUCUCCAGCCUUAUGGAAAUCAGGCUGACACUUGUGCCUGCCCAGUAUUUAUCCAGAUGUGAAAUACAGUUUUCCAGCAGCUAUGCUGCUGUAUUAACUCCAGGGCUUUUCAUGUGGCACCUGGAGCUUGCACCAGCAACGCUGAGGCCAGGGGUUCAUCCAGUUUGGGGAGGCACCUGCAAAAUCCGGAGGCAGGACUCAGCUCAGGCUCAUUGCUGUGGCUGACAAAAGAGAUCACAGUGCUGAAGGAUUAUAACAGAAAAAACAAUCCUGGGAUUCAUCCCUGUAACACUGCCACUGAGCUGGGUGCACACAGCCAGCUGGGCAUAGAAAACCUCAGAAGGGCUGUUGGGUCACUCAGCUGUGUCCAUCCCUCCUGGACCAGAAGUGCUUUGUUUCUAAAACACUGUUUUGUGUUUUCCUAAGAGAUGUGGAUUUGAUUUUUGAUGGAAAAUUUGAGCAUCCCAGAGCAGCAGCUCUGGAAUGGGCACUUUGGCUUUUGAAACAGACUUUUCAUUUGAUCCCAAACCUGAGGGAAUUCUUCUUCUCCCUUACAUUCAAAGGAACAGUGGUGACUCCCUUUGCUGAGGGAGCCUUUUCCUACCUGUUCAAAGCCCUACAGCAUCGCCCUCCUGUGUGACCCUCUGGUAGCAGUAACCCUCUGGCUUUGCUGCUUCUGGGUGCAAGCAAAGGCAGAGGUUUUGGUUAUCUGCUCUUUUAACAUCAUAGCACCAGGAAGCUUUUUCCAGAGAGGCUUCAUGCUGCUGGUUGUUGUUUCUCCUCUGUAUGCAAGUAGAUGACUUAGAAGAAACUCUGCUACUCGGUUUAAUACAUUUGGCAAUGUUCAGUAUGAUUUGCAUGCAUCCAAGUCUUUUUAAUUCUCUUUUUUUAAUGUUAACUCUUUCCAACAAGCAUGGAAAAAAAAACAAACCCAAACCCUCUGCAGUGAAUAAACUGUCCUGUUUGAAAUAAAGGAGCUAUCCAUAAUCAAAAUAAAGAACAAUGUUUAAUAAA